AUGUCCCGCUCCGUGGAGACCUGCGGUGUGAGCUGCCCUCAGCCCAUUGCUGAGAGCUACAACGAGCCCUGUGUGCAGCAGUGCCCUGACUCCAGAGCCGUCAUCUUCCCACCACCGGUGGCAGUGACGUUGCCGGGCCCUGUGUUGAGCUCCUUUCCUCAGGACAGCAUUGUGGGGUCCUCGGGCCCGUCUGUUCUAGGGACCCCCUUGAGCUCGUGGGGCUCAGGGCGUUCCCUGGGUUAUGGAAGUUCUUUUGGCUCUGGAGGCUCCCUGGGCUUGGGGGGAUUGUGGAGCUCUGGGGGCUCCCUGAGCUCUGGGAGCUCCUUGGGCUUGGGGGGCUCCAGGGGCUCCUGGGGUUAUGGGAGCUUCCCAGGCUAUGGGGGCUCCUGGGGCUCCGGGGACUCGCUGGCCCACUGUGGCAGCUGGGGGGCUUUCUAG